UAGUGAUUUUCACUGGGAAAAAUGCAAACUGCAGGAAAUAAUAUUACAAGAAAUUGUGAUGAAUUGGGAAAGGUACAUGUAGAGAAAAAUUGCAUUUGAAGUUGCCACAAUAAUUCUAGGUAUUUAAGGGUUAAAAGUCAGCUUACUUUAAUUUGUUUAGAGUUUAUAAUUACCCAUUAUCAGUUGCAUGGCCUCCUACACACACAUUAUGCUUCUUGACAUACUUUUUACGUUACAAAUUAGAACUCAGAAUUAGUCAGGAAAAUCGAUCCUAACAAAAUAAUAAUUUUUUUUCCCAAACGAUACACUGUGAUACACUUAAUAAACCUACCUCUAAGCAGCUCUCGCCGGCGGUGACUUAAUCCUGGUGAUGAUUGAACGCAUAGCACUCUGUUAGUAGGUGCAUAAAUACAUUUUCCAUUAAUUAUAAUCAUUAACAGUAACUAAACGUGUUUCUAUAACUAAACUUUCAAAAUGCACCACUCAGGUUGAUGGGUAUAUCUUAAGUUAUCACAUUAUACAUUAUGAUUUGUUGGUCAAAUUUACCAACUCCCACAAACUCGUUCAUGUGCGCCAUUUAAUCUCGCGAGACGUCUUCUUCUUCCGUCUCGUGCACGCGUCCUCCUCGAGUUAGCUUACCGCAACUCCGAAAAGUUUACGGUGUUGAAUAAACUUUUUUUGUCAUUAUUUUACAUUUUUUUGUGGAGACGAUCUUUUUGAACUAGAAUAACCCCUUCUCUGUCCAACCACACGGACUGAACUAGGGCUGACAGAUCUCCAAUCAGUGACAAACCUUGUACCUACUCACAUAAUGAAAUCAAACCCCUGAAGCAAUUUCAAGACUGUCGUAGCAAAUGACACAUGGGCCUAAAUGGCCUCUGCAGAGGGGAACCAAGAGAUUUGCAGCCCCUUCAUCCCAACGCAGAAUACUUUAAGGAAAACGAGUGCAGAGAUAGUCAGUGAAGCCAGGCAGUUGCUGCGAGUCCAAUCCACCCAGCGGCCAUUUACUCCCAGAGAUGGACAUAGGGAACUUUUUGGGAAGAGCUCUGCUCGUGCUGACUGUGACAACAGGCCUCCAUCCACCUUUAGUCUCCAUGCUCAAAAUUUUGAUGCUCCUGACUCCAGACCAGGAUCAGGGACUCGUCUCUCACCCCUGAACCAUAAGCCGAAGUUUCCUGCCCCCUGUGAUGCUGAGGAUGCAUUCAAGGUCUUUCCUAAACCUCCUACUGACCCUCUGGAAGGAAAGAGGGGACUGGCAGGGACACGGGCCCGCCUGCUCCGGGCUGGAUCACUCCCCACUUUGCCUCCUGUUGAGGGACAUGCAGAUGUGAAAGAGAAACUAAAUUCAAGGCCAGGACAAAAGCAGCCAUCAGCUAAGCAGCUUCCCGUUACAGACCACACUGAGGUCUGCAGUGGUCUCCACAAACCCACUCCAUGCAGGACAGCAAGUGAAAGCAGGAAAAUAACUGAACCAGGUGUUCACCUCAGAGUUAAACCCACUGGGUGCAGAGAUGGAGAGCGAAAAGAGCAGAGGAAUGGAGGCAAAAGCAUAAGCACAGGGGAGGGUGCAGAAUCACUGGUGUGGAAUAAUACGAUUGCUCCUCUUCUCCAACAACUGGAGACGGCAGGCAGUCCUGAAGGUUCAGUGGAUCGUCUGUGUGAGCUGUGUGUCCGUCUCCAUGGCACCUUGGCAGAAGCAGACAUGCUCGGCCGACGCUGUAAGAGGAGGUCAGGGAUUCUGCGAGCACUGUUCCGCCUCAUCGACCUCAACUCAGCCCAGCUCAACCUGCAUAUCGCCAAACUCUGCCUCGCUCUGUGUGUCAGUGGGAACAACCUUCUCAACAUCUGUAAGCUUGUAUUUAAGAUCAGCCGCAGUGAAAGCAAUGACAUCCUCUUCCAGAACAACUCCAUCUUAGAUUCAUUGCUGGACAUUCUGUGUAAUGAGGAUGUGUCUACAUGUGGAGAAGCUCUGCUGUACUGCAUUGGAACUCUGAAGUUUCUCUCUGGAAACAGCGUGAUCCUCAGACUCCUGUUGGACAAGAACUGUGUUGGUGUGGCACAGAAAGUCAUCCAGAAGCUCCACAUGGUAGAAGAUGCCCACUUAACCAUAGCAGGGCAUAUGCUCGUACAGCUGACAGCAAUACUGAGAAACCUUGCUGAUCACCCUGAAUCUCGCCCAUCCUUCGUCGCCUUCUCUGUAUUAUCAGAACUCUGUGUGGUGUUGCACCGACACUACAAAGACCAGGAUGUCUGUACCAACAUUUCAAGAAUAUUCAGUAAACUCUCCUCUUACUCUGAGUGCCGCCUUGCUCUGGCCCAGACCCCCGGCUGUUACCAGCUAUUUAUAGAAUUGCUGAGCAAACAUCGCCAAAAACAGGACCUGGUUGUCCGCCUACUUUUCACCCUCGGGAACCUCACGGCCAAAAGCAACGAGGCUCGGCACCAUCUCUUCCUGUGUGAAGGCAGUGUGGACACACUCCUCCAGCUGUACGACAGCUAUCAGCGAAGAGAUGACACACUCCCACAGAAAGGCUCUGAGACCAGUAUGAGGCCUCCCUCGACUGCGCAGGAGGACGAUGAUGUACUGGUGAAGCUGGUGAGGGUGCUGGCGAACAUGUGUAUCCAUCCUGCUGUGGGUCCAGCGCUGGCUGACAACACCACCUUCAUUCAGCUGCUCAAGGAGACACUGGAGCUGAGGUCUGUGCAGGAGAGCGAGGAGCUGAUGGUGAAUGUGGCAGCCACCAUAAACAACCUUUCCUACUACCAGGAGCACAGCGUCACACUGACAUGCAAUCACCUCGACAUCGCAAAGUUGAUGAUGAAGUUGGUACUCAGCUCUAGCAAUGACGCCGUGCAUGAAGCCACAAGGGUGUAUGGAAAUCUGUCUCAGUCCGGUGAUGUGAGAGACUUUAUUAUGCAGAAUAACGUGCACCAGUUUUUGGUGGCGCUGCUGGACUCAAAGAGCACCGACGUGUGUUUUUCGGCCUGUGGGGUCCUCACUAACCUGGCGUUGGACCCCCUCAACAGGGCUAGUCUCUCACAGGAAGGGGCUGCUGCCAAGCUGGUGGAUUGUCUCCGAGACUUGGGGCCGGGGGAUUGGCAGCUGGCGGGUCAGAUUUGUCAGGUCUUGUGGAACGUGACGGGCAGCGGCUCGGAGACGCUGCUGGACAAACAGGACAGAGAAUCUCUACUGGAGAUCCUCAGCACAUACUUGGACAAAGACGAGGCUCUGAAGUGGAUUGAAAAUGAAGACAUAAGGGACUGCCACAGGGCAUGUUGGGAAAUGGAGUUCUUCCCUGUGGCUCAGAAGCUUAUGAAGACACUUCAGUCUCUGGAGUUGACAACCUGACGUGAACUAUUUAAGACUUCCUAUAAAAACACCUAUUGUUCUUCACUGUUUUCCAUCCAUGGCUAAAGCUUUUUAUUUAAGAUGAUUAGAUCGUCAGUUUGGAUAAAUAAAAGCAAAUUUUUUCAGGGUAGAUGAAACUGAAAAUGUUUUAAGGUGUACAGGGGUGAGGAUGUUCAUGACAAAAAGACAUUUAAUAACUGAUGAAUGUACUUUUGGAAAAUAUUAGAAGCAGGUGCAUUUGAAAAUACAAUCCAUUUUAUUUCCAUCUGAACAUAGUUUUAUUGAUUACUUUUUUCAUACCGUCAUCAAAACUAGAGCCAUAUUUUUUUAAUUUAUUGAUUUUUUUGUAAAUGCUGUUAGAAGUUAUUUUUUACUUUCCAUGCACUUUAACUGUUAUUAAUACCAUCUUUGCUAAAAUCUUGACUUUCAGGUAUGUUAACACAGGAAGCUCUUUGCACAUUUAUGUAAGUCUGUUUCAGAGUUCACUGUGUUGUAAAUUGUCUUUUAUGAUAUUGACGUCUCUGAAAUGCAUUACUACCACUGAACUUACCUCAUAAUCUAAGCAGAAGAAACUUUUAUUGUUGAUACUUUCAACUGUGUGGCAUUGGAACUUGUGCGUAAUAAAGUACAGUAAAACACUGAAAAAC